CAAUUUUAUAGCAAAAGGUAAAUAGAUCAUCCAAAUGUCAGAGACCCAGAGAUUUCUUGAUCAAGUGGUCAAAGAUUUGGAUAAAAGUGCUCCCAGUAAUGGCCUCUCAGAGCCUGAAGAAUCAAAGCGUAUUGAUCCACUAGAAGAGUACAAGCGUUUACAAGAACUGAGGUCUGGUGGUCGAUAUGUGCCUCCAGCUAAACUAAGGGCGCUUUUGGAUCAGAUAAAUGUUUCCAAGGGAUCCAAGGACUAUCAAAAGAUGGAAUGGGAAAAACUGAAGAAGAAUAUAAACGGGUUAGUGAAUAAGGCAAAUACCGGUAAUAUCAAAGUCAUUGUUGUUGCUUUGUUCAAUUUGAAUCUUCAUAAAGGGCUUGGGCUACUCAUACGAAGUGUCAUGAAAGCUCAGAGUUUAGCAUUGACCUUCACACCUGUUUAUGCUGGGUUGAUAGCAGUUUUGAACUCCAAACUACCUCAAAUUGGUGACCUAUUGAUAAGUAGAUUGGUUAUCCAGUUUAGAAAAGCAUUUAAAAGAAAUAACAAAGCCCUAUGUAUAUCAUCAACAACUUUUUUGGCUCAUCUCUGCAACCAACAGGUGUGUCAUGAGAUUCUAGCAUUACAGAUAUUACAUUUAUUACUGAAUAACCCAACCGAUGAUUCUGUUGAUAUUGCUGUUGGUUUAUUAAAGCAAAUUGGACAAUAUCUUUCAGAAAUUACACCAGCUGCUACAAGUGAUAUUUUUGAGAAGUUGAGACAGAUUUUGCAAGAGGGGGUUUUGGAGAAAAGAACACAAUAUAUGAUUGAAGUGCUGUUCCAUAUUAGAAGAGACGGGUACAAGGAAUAUCCAAUCAUUCCAGAAGGACUAGAUUUAGUGGAAGAGGAUGACCAAGUUACGCAUAAGGUAGGCCUAGAUGACAAGUUGAAAGCACAGGAUGGCUUAAAUGUUUUCCAAUUUGAUGAACAAUAUGAGGAACAUGAAGAGGAUUAUGCUAAGAUUAGAAUAGAGAUUUUGGGUGAAGAUGAGGAUGAUGAAGAGGAAGAGUAUGAAGAUGAUGAGUACGAAGAAGUGGCCGCGGAAAAUGUUUCAAAUGAUGAAAAUCAAGAUGAAGAUAACGAUGUUGGGAAACUUGAAAUCAAAGACAUGACAGAGACAAAUUUGAACAAUUUCAGAAAAAAUAUUUAUUUGAUAUUGAAAGGUAGUAUGUCUGCAGAUGAAGCUGUUCAUAAGCUACUGAAGCUUCAGGUUAAAGUUGAAGAUCAAGAUAAAGUGGUAGAUAUGGUUGUUAAAGCUUGCUCGCAAGAAACGACCUAUUCCAAAUAUUAUGGUGUUAGUGGGGAGAAACUUUGUCGUCAAGGAAGAACUUGGAGUGAUGCAUUCAAAAAGAUAUUCACUGAGAAUUACAACACAAUCCACAGGUUUGAAUCAAACCCGUUAAGAAACGUCUCAAAAUUCUGGGGUCAUAUGUUAUCGAGCGAUGCUCUUGAUUGGGAAGUUUUAGAAGUUAUUCAUUUAACAGAAAACGAUACUACUUCUGCUGGUCGUAUUUUCAUAAAGUUUAUUUUUCAAGAAUUGGUUGAAGAGCUAGGAAUCCCAGGUCUAAAAGAGAGAUUAGAUGAAGAGUAUAUUCAACCGUUUUUGCAUGGCAUUUUCCCAGUUGAAAAUGCUGAUGACUUGAGAUUCUCGAUCAAUUAUUUUACUGCUAUUGGGUUAGGUGUUUUGACAGAAGUUAUGAGAGAAACACUCCAAGAUUUGACAAACAAAAAGAGAGAAGAAGAGGAAUCCCGGGGUCGCUCGAAAUCCAGAUCCAGAUCAAGUUCUUAUUCAAGAUCAUAUUCUAGGUCACGGUCAUACUCGGAUUCCAGAUCAAGAUCAUAUUCAAGAAGCAGGUCUUACACUAGAAGUCCAUCAUAUUCAAGAAGUAGGUCUUACUCAAGAAGCAGAUCCUAUUCAGGAUCAAGAUCAAGAUCUCCUCGCCGUUACAGCAGAUCGCGUUCCUACUCAAGGUCACCACCAAGAAGAAACUAUUCCAGAUCACCUUCUUACUCUAGAUCACCACCAAGAAGAGUGUACUCAAGAUCAAGAUCUUAUUCGAGAUCUCCACCAAGAAGAUACUCCAGAACACCGUCAAGAACACCUUCUAGAACUCCCCCAAGAAAAUCAUCGAGAACACCAUCCAGAUCUCCCCCAAAACGCUUCCCAAGGUCACCCCUUAGGUCCCAAGGUUCUAGUUAUAGAGACAGUUACAAUAACAACGGAAGGGCUGGUUUCAAUACUCGUGGCAGAGGGAAUUAUCGAGGUAGAGGUCGUGGUAGGGGAGACUACACUAGUUAUAGACCAUGAAAAUGCUUAGCAAUUUGAAAUUAAGUUAAAAAGUCUUUGAUAUUUUGUAGCAGU